UGAACAGCGGCACACGGGACAGCAGCUGAAACGCAGCCACGAGAUCGCGAGUCGCGAGUCGCGAGUCGGACAAGUCCGUCUGCCAGUCUGUCCGCUCGUUCCUUCGUCUGUCCCUCUCUUCGUUUCCUAUUCUCUCCUUCCUUUAUCUUUCUCUUUCUCGCUCUCACGAUAUCCUUUGUCUUUUCACGUAUAGUUUCUAUCGUUCUCAGCCCUUCAUCUCCUUCCUUACUACCGAUGUAUAUACGACUGUCUUUCUCUUUACCUACUGUUCUUUCUUACUCUUUUAAUUUAACGAGAACAAAACUUAACCUUCUCUUUCUACGUUUCAUUCGUCUCUGUUGACGGUAGCUUUAUCUUGCUCGUGGUUACACUGCGUCGCAAACCACGUGACUUCGUGGAAUUUAUUUCUAUUGGCUGUUCUCCCUCCAAGUAAACUUUCAUCUCUAUCACUGUAUGUAUAAAACGCAUCGUGUUUCGACAUUGUAUAAGUGCGUAUCGAAACGCUGUUUACUUCUAUCGAAUAAAAUAGUUGUUAUAUACUACUUCUACACAUUUUAUACGUUCUACGAUCACACAGUGUGUCGUAAAGUUGGGUUUGUUUCAACUUGUCCAAAUGAAUAGAUACAUGUAUGCAAGAAGAAACAUAAUGUUACAAUUAAUAGUCAGCGAAGAAACAAACAAUGCGUAAGGAAUUUGCUGUAUAUGUUACAACGAAUUAAAAUAAAUUGCUUUGAAUCAUAUAUAUUAUUGAAUAAUUUUUUACCCAUCCAUUUUUACGUUUUCUUUCAUUUUAAUGGUGCACUGUGUCCUCCAGUUAUCUUUCAUUUUUCUAUUUUUACCUAUUUGAAGUCUAUUAAAAAUUAUAUGAACAUAAUAAAACAGCUGAUUCAAGGGAAUAACCAAUCAGAAAAUAAGUAACAGUACGGACUCUAAUAUGGCGGGUUUCUAACUCUAAGUUAGUAGCGUUUUAGCGGUUAAAUGAUUUAGAUAAAUUGUUUUGUAUUUCAUAUAUUCUAGGCUGUAAGAUAUAUGUAUUGCGUAAUAUGAUUUAAUAUUCUAUAGUAGUAAGUUGUUAAGUUCAAAAGUUGUAAGAAUCGUGCAAAGUAUUAUAUGUAUAGAUAUUUCAGUAUUAUUUAGUAUAAAUAAAAUUGUACACAAAAAUAUGGAUGAGCUAAAUCCAUCUAAGCGCAAAAAAGUUAUCAAUCUUCUAAAAAAAUUUGAAGAGAAUAGAAAAAAUGUAUCUGAAUCUAUUAUGACAUUUAAUUUUAAUAAACAACGUAUUAAACAUUUAAGCGAAUUAAAUGAUGUUAAAGAAAACUGUAAGGGUAUCUUGUAUUGGAUGUUUCGUGAUAUUAGGACACAAGACAAUUGGGCUCUGCUCUUUGCCCAAAAAAUUGCUGUGAAAAGAAAUGUACCUCUCCAUAUAUGUUUUUGCAUAAUGCCAAGUUUCCUAAAUGCUUCUAUGAGAUAUUACAAAUUUCUUUUAAAAGGAUUAAUGGAGAUUGAAGAAGAAUGCAAACAACUGAAUCUAAACUUUCAUCUUUUACAUGGUGAACCAAAUGAGAGUAUUCUUAAAUUUGUAAAAACAUAUAACAUGGGGGCUGUGAUCGUUGAUUUUUAUCCAUUGAAGUUACCUAUGUUAUGGAUCGAUAACGUACAAAAGAAUCUUCCAGAAGAUAUCCCUAUUUAUCAAAUAGAUGCUCAUAAUAUUGUGCCUUGCUGGUAUGCAUCAUCAAAACAGGAGUUUGCUGCUAAAACCAUCAGAAAUAAAAUAAAUACAAAAUUACAAGAAUUUUUAACAGAAUUUCCUCCUGUUAUUAAGCACCCAUAUUUAACAAAAGAAAAAUUUGAAAACAACAAUUGGGAUAUAACUUUGCAAGAUGUAGAAGCAAGUAAGCCAACAACUGAAAUUACAUGGGCUAAACCAGGAUAUAGAAAUGGUAUUAAGGAACUUGAAAAUUUUAUACAGAAUCACUUACAAAAAUAUGGAGAUGAACGUAAUAAUCCUUUGUCAAAUGUCAUCAGUAAUUUAUCACCUUGGUUUCAUUUUGGUAUGAUCUCAGUACAACGUUGUAUUUUGGAAAUACAAGAAUAUAAAGGAUUGUAUAAAAAAUCAGUUGAAUCCUUCAUGGAGGAGGCUAUUAUUAGAAGAGAACUUAGUGAUAAUUUUUGUUUCUAUAAUGAAAAGUACGAUCUUGUUGAAGGUGCCUAUCCUUGGGCUAUAAAAACACUAAAUAAACAUCGGAAGGAUACAAGAAAAUAUGUAUAUUCUUUAAGUCAGUUGGAAAAUUCUAAAACACAUGAUGAUUUAUGGAAUGCAUGUCAAAAUCAAAUGAUAAUAACAGGAAAAAUGCAUGGAUUCUUAAGAAUGUAUUGGGCAAAGAAAUUAUUAGAAUGGACUGAAAUACCUGAGAUUGCUUUAGAAUGGGCCAAUUAUUUAAAUAAUAAGUACAGUAUCGAUGGUUGUGAUCCGAAUGGUUAUGUAGGUUGCAUGUGGUCUAUCUGUGGUGUCCAUGAUCAUGGUUGGCCAGAAAGAGAUAUAUUUGGGAAAAUAAGAUAUAUGAAUUAUAAUGGAUGUAAACGAAAAUUUAAUGUUGCCGAAUUUGUUAUGAAAUGGGGAAAGAAGAAAGCUAGUGAACUUAUAUAAAAGCAUAACCACUAAUUAUGAUUAUACAGUUAUUAAUUAUUUAUUAAAAUCUAUCCGUCCACAUUUAAUCUCUAUCUUAUAAAAAUAUAUAUUAUAUAUAAUUAAAGUAUUUUAUACCAA